AUGGCUACAGGUGACUUGACUCAAUCCAGAGUCACGUCAUACCUGAUCUAUCUCGUGUUCGUCACGACUCUUGGCCCGCUCCAGUUUGGUUACCACUUGGCUGAGCUCAAUGCCCCCCAGGCAGUCGUAACGUGUGAAAAGAAAUCAGUCCAUUCUUCGGCCCCCUAUGGCCUGCCGCAAUGUCUCCCUAUGACCCCGUCGCAAUUCGGCUUGGUGUCCUCGAUCUAUACCCUCGGCGGACUGGUCGGGGCCCUGCUGGCAGGGCCCGUGUCGACCAAGUACGGACGCCGCUUUGCGCUACGAGCAACGACAGUCUUCUUUAUCCUGGGACCUGUGGCAGAAACCCUGGCACCGGCCAUCCCGCUCCUGGCCCUGGGCAGGUUUCUCUCCGGAGUUGGGUCGGGCGCUGCUAUUGUGGUGGGCCCCAUCUAUGUCUCGGAAAUCUCGCCUCCGGAGUCGCGGGGCUUUUUCGGUGCUUUUACUCAGGUCAUGACGAACGUGGGUAUUCUAUUGACCCAGACACUUGGAUACUUCUGGAGUCGUGACAGCCUUUGGCGGAUUAUUCUUGCCGUGGCUGGCGUGAUCGGAGCAUUGGAGCUCCUAGGACUGCUCAUGGUGCCGGAGAGUCCAGCAUGGCUCGUUGAUAAUCAUCAGUUGAGCCAGGCUCGCAAGGUAUUGCAGCGCAUUCGCGGCCGAGACGCGGACAUUGGCGCCGAGAUUGAAAUCUGGAGAACGGCGGGCGCCGCUCCUGCCUCGGGUGAAGAAGAGUCUCUGCUUGCUCCGCCAGCAGGCAACCAGAUCCCCAAACAGUCCGUCACAAUCAUGCAGGCCAUUCGGGACCCGUACUACCGGCCCGCCAUCAUCGCUGUCAUGGGCGUGAUGAUUGCCCAGCAAUUUACCGGGGUCAACAGCAUCAUCAUGUACAGCGUCUCCCUGCUGCAGAGCAUCUUGCCCACCACCGCUGCGUUACUAACAGUGGGAAUAUCCGCACUUAAUCUGAUUAUUACACUAGCGUGUUCGCCUUUGCCAGAUCGUAUCGGCCGGAAAACCUGCCUUCUGCUCAGCAUCGGAGGCAUGGGCUGCAGCUCCGUCCUCUUGGCCCUGGGUAUGCAGUUCGACCAAAAGAUCGUUUCCGCGACCGCUGCACUGCUGUUCGUGGCGUGUUUUGCCGUGGGAUUGGGCCCCGUCCCUUUUAUCCUGGCGUCCGAGCUCGUGGGACCCGAGGCGGUUGGGGCAGCGCAAAGCUGUGCGUUAGCGGCCAACUGGACAGCAACCUUUAUUGUGGCGCAGUUCUUCCCCAUACUCAAUGAUUCUCUAGGGGGUCAUGGCAAGGUCUACUGGAUAUUCGCGGUCAUGGCGGGUUUCCUGGGCUGCUUCAUCUACCGGUGGGUGCCGGAGACCAAGGGCAAGGCAAAUGCCGACGAAGUCUGGGGCCGGGUAGAUCGACGCCAGGACUAG